AUGAAUAAACAAUACAUACCAGCCAAAGCACAAGAAAAAAUAUUUGGUUUAAUUCUAAAAAGACCAGAAAAUUUAAAUUGUGCUGACUGUGCAACAAAGGGACCUCGUUGGGUUAGUUUAGACUAUGGAAUUUUUAUUUGCAUGGACUGCGCAGGGGCUCAUAGAACAUUGGGUCCCAGUGUCACUAGAGUAAGGUCGACUAAUAUUGAUGGAUGGUAUUAAGAAAAUAUUGAUAUUAUGGAAUCUAUCGGUAAUGGGACUGCAAAUUCAUAUUGGGAAAAUAAAAUGCCAAAGGAUUUUAUCAAACCUACUAUCAAUUAAGGUCUAGAUUCAUUAAUUAGAUUUGUCCAAGAGAAGUAUGUUAGAAAGAGAUUCAUACCUCAAAUAUCAUGUCCUGAUCCCAAAUAACAAUACAUUCUAACCAAAACAUCAGUCAAGCCUUUCUAUUUUAAUCAAUAAGAAACUAAAGUAGAGGAACCUAAGGUGAAAUUGGGUGAUUUGAUUGAUUUGGAUGAUGACUUCUUUGGAGUCAAAAAACCAGCUGUCUAAGUCGAGGAAAUCCAUGGAUAAAAUACUCAUUAAGGUACCACUCGAUCAUUGUCACCUGAGAAGGAUUUCAGUGAAUUUGUACAAUCGACUCCAAAUAUUGAUCAACCAACCCAUUCACUACCUUCUCUUGACAUACUAACACUCUACAAAUCAGAAUAGCAAUAGACAUAACAGUCAUAACAAAUAAUACCUAAUAAGAACUCGAAUUAUGCUUAUUUGUCUAAUUUGGGAUAGUAAUAAAAUAAUGGGUUUUAUAAUUAGCAAUAAAAUUAUUAACACUUUUAUUAAUAAUAACAAUUGUAGUAAUAGUAAUUCCAAUAUUAACAAUAAAAAUAAUAACAACCAAUUCAAUCAAAUGGGCCCAUUAAUAUUAUGAAUUUAUAUUCCAAAUGAUAUUUAUUUAGAUGACAAUAAUUUAGAAAAUUAUUAUA